UUGGGUACCCAACUCAGCAGGCUCCAGGUAGAUCCAGCUUUUCCCUUUUACCAAAGGCAACCAUCAGCAGGACCGAGCCCCCUCCCUCCCCCAGCUCCCUUCCCCCCGCCCCUGGCUGUCUGCUAUGAAAUAUGUAUCAAGUUAGUAAGUAGCAGCAGCAAUUCCUGUCAGAGGCAGAUGGAUCACUUUCAUUUCGCAGGAUGAUUUCUAACCCCCCCGAGGAUUCCCCGAGCAGCCGCAGCCCGACUCUGAGCGGCGAUCGGAAGGGAGCCCUGGGCGUGGAGAGGAGGUUGAAGGCGUGAGAGCAUGGCCGGGCAUGCGGGCACUCCCUCCUAGCUCCAGAGCCGGCGGGAGACAGGGAGGGCUCCGAGCCCGGGACAAUCUCUCACCAGUGGGCUGGUGUCUUUGUCUGGAACCCGCCCCGGGCAUGCUGGCCACUUGCCCCGUGGAGAUUGUGGCUGGGCAUGUGGAAGAAGCUGUGGACUAAUAUGGGUGGCAGUCACUCCCACAAAACUCCCGUGUUUGAUGAAAAUGAAGAUGACACAAAUCCCAGUUGUUGCUCCCCACUUCUCAGCAAAGAUUCAAUAGCAGAGUACUGAGUUAAUUUUGACCAUUUUCAAAUACUGCGAGCUAUUGGGAAAGGGAGUUUUGGAAAGGUGUGCAUUGUGCAGAAGAGAGAUACCAAGAAAAUGUAUGCCAUGAAAUACAUGAAUAAACAAAAGUGCAUCGAGAGAGAUGAAGUCCGGAAUGUCUUUCGGGAACUACAGAUCAUGCAGGGCCUUGAGCAUCCCUUCCUAGUCAAUCUGUGGUAUUCUUUUCAAGAUGAAGAAGACAUGUUUAUGGUGGUAGAUCUGUUACUUGGAGGGGAUCUGCGUUACCACUUACAACAGAAUGUACAUUUUAACGAAGGAACUGUUAAAUUAUAUAUUUGUGAACUGGCACUUUCAUUGGACUAUUUGCAGCGAUACCAUAUCAUUCACAGGGAUAUCAAACCUGACAACAUACUGUUGGAUGAGCAUGGUCAUGUUCACAUCACUGAUUUUAACAUAGCUACUAUAGUGAAAGGAUCAGAAAAGGCUUCCUCUAUGGCUGGCACUAAGCCCUAUAUGGCUCCAGAAGUGUUCCAGGCUUUUAUGGAUGGAGGCCCAGGAUAUUCAUACCCAGUAGACUGGUGGUCACUAGGAAUUACAGCAUAUGAAUUGCUGCGGGGUUGGAGAAGGUCCAAUCAGAGGAGCACAAAGCACAAGAGAGAAGGAGUAAUAGGGAGGCCCUAUGAAAUUCAUUCAGCCACUCCAAUUGAUGAGAUCCUUAACAUGUUCAAGAUAGAAAGAGUUCAUUACUCAUCCACAUGGUGCAAGGGCAUGAUAGCAUUGCUGAAAAAGCUCCUCACUAAGGACCCUGAGUGCCGCCUUUCAAGUCUUGCAGACAUUCAAAGCUCUCCAUACUUAGCUGAUAUCAACUGGGAUGCGGUCCUGGAGAAAGCUGAGACACCAGGCUUUGUUCCUAAUAAAGGAAGACUGAAUUGUGACCCUACAUUUGAACUAGAAGAAAUGAUUUUAGAAUCCAAACCCCUUCAUAAAAAGAAAAAGCGACUUGCAAAAAACAAAUCCAAAGAAGGAACAAAAGAAAGCUGUUCACUGAAUGUACACCUGCAGCAGUGUUUGGAAACUGUGAGGAAAGAAUUCAUCAUAUUCAACAGAGAAAAGCUACCUAGAUCCUCCCUCCCUGUGGAACAUGACCAAGGUUUUCAAAAGCAACUCGUCAUAUUACUGAGAAGACAGCAGGAACAAAGUGGGCAGACAUCUAGUCUGGAGAGCAGAGCAUCCCUUCAGACACAAGGAAAACUUCAGGAUGGGCGCAACAACAACCUUCUUGGACAUGGGUGCACAAAAGGCUGCAGCAGCUAGUUGGACACACCUCUUGUUGCACAGUUUACCACUGAAAGGCCAGUGAAGGCUCAUCUCUGUGCACAGCUUGAUAUUUUGCCUUCCCUGCAGGAAAACUAACUCCUAUGAAAAGGGCAAUCCCAUUGCUGAGUACAACAAAGAUACAAAGCACACAAAUUGGGAGCUCAAUUUACACAGAUGUCACUGUUCCUUUUUUGACCAUGGUACCAGACAAAUUACCAUUAGCAGCAAAACAUAAGUGUUUUAUAUGUUGCCCCUUCUUUUGUAACCUCUUCAAAAUCCUGGAACAAAACUUGAAACAGUUCAUUUGGACAUUUCUCCGAGGUUAUCAGAUUUCUGGUUACUUGCAGGUACAGUGUUGUGUCAGGGCCAGCUUUGUCCUUUAAGAUCUGACAUUAUCCAGUGAAAUACUCUGCCAUUUCUGUUAAUUAAAACAAUCCACUGAAACUGGAUACUGGAAUUUUGUGAGACUGCUACACAGUGUGAACAUUUACCAUCGAGGUCAUAAAUGUAUGUAUACAAUGUAAAUAUAUGUAAUGUAGCGUGAAAUAGACCAAAUAUCUAAAUUUAAUUUAACUACCUGAAGUGAGUUGAAAUAGCAUGAAUGUAUUCACAUUGUUCUUUACACUUUAUACAUUCUGCUUGAUAGUCAAAGACUUGAUCUUUGUCUCAUUAAAGUCAAUGAAGUUUGCUGUUGAUUUUAGUGGAGGCAGAAUCAGACAUAUUGAUAGUGUAUUAUUAUGAAGGUGAAAGAUCAUCGUUAGGAUGCGCAAGCUAGAACUAAAAAUCUGAAAACUAAAAAUGUUAGAAAUUUGCUCAUGUCCAUAAUGUUUAGAAAGAAAGGUGUUAUAAACUGUGAAAAAGUAAUGUGUCUUGUUUCCACUUAUCAGUUCUGGUUAAGAAAUGUCUUGAGUAGGGAAAAAUACAUCCUCUUAGGAAUAAUGUUGAUACAAAACACUUUUUAAAAACAAAAUUGUUGACACCUCCAUAUAUUUAUGGUACUUUUAUAAUUUGGUACAUUCUCAUUUUGUUAAUAAAUGCAUAAUUGUUCUGCUGUACUGUGCUUUUAAUAUUUUUAAGAUCAACAUCUGUAAGCCAAUUUCCACUUUCAACUUUUUAAAAAAAAUAAAUUAGACUUUUUAGAAGUGAUGAUAAGCAUAUUUUCUUUACAGUACUUUCUAUAUGUAUUGAUUAUAACUUAAUUUUUUACACAAAUCCUAUUUUUUCUUUAUAAACUGAGUCUAUUUUUAGAUUUGGUUACAUAUUAUAUAUAAUUUUUGGCAUAAAACUUUCAUAAUUCAGAUUUGUACAGCUCCAUGAACUGAUGCAGCUUUCCCAUGAAUAACUUAACAGCUUACAAAUCUAGUGUAGUGAAAUAGAAUGACUUUAGAUCUGUCAUCUGAAAAUGAUGUUUGUUAAUUGCUUAGCUAUGGCAUAGAUUGGAAUAAACACAAAUUCAAGAUAAGGAUCUGAAUUUUUUCUCGGCCCACAGAGGGCAACUUUCAUUGUCCAAAAUAAAUCUUUUUGCUUAUCCUUU